AUGGCGCUGAACGUGGGUGGGCUGCUGGCGCUGCUCGCCGCUUUUCCAUUGGCCACCGGCUUAGCCGUGGCGAGAAACGUGGUUCUGACGCACGAGGACCAGAGGGCGUUGCUGAUCAGUGACGAGAACUUUUACGUUCCGGUCGGCCACUCUGCCGUCGUCCCAUGCCCGAUCCGGGAAAAAUUCCCGACUGUGCUUUCGAACGCGGAGGCUAAACUGUAUUGGUACCUCGCGUUCCCUGGAGACAUGUCGGCCAAGUGGAUCGACGGCGGUUCUACUUACACGCGCUUCGUGCAGAACACGACGACCGGCUCGCUGGCGAUGCGGAAUCUGCAGCCGGUUCAUGACGGUCUCAGGGCGGAAUGUUGGGUGCACGUGAGCAAAGAUGACAAGAGGGACGACCGGUACCUCGUCGCCCGCUACACUAUCGUGGUGCAGAACUGCGGGGAACGCGACGACCUCUUCCGCAACUAUCUGAACCCGUGUGCCUACGGAAAGUGUGAAGUGGUAAAACCGUGGGAGGGCAUCAACGCCACGCAACUCGUGUGCCGAUGCCUACCCUACUAUACGGGGCGCUUUUGUAAUGUGAUGGUCGGUCGUCCGUGGACGGGGCUGCUGAUCAGCUACGCGUACAACGUCGUCUGGGUGCUGCUCUUUGUCGGCUUUCUGCUCUACCACAACAUCCCGAAGAAGCGCGUGGCGCUGGAGACGCUGAUGCGUAAGCCGGGCGUCGACGUCGACAAGGUGUUGCAAGCCGACCCGGAACGGAAGAACCCUCACACCCCGCCGCAAACCCCC